AUGGAGGCAUCACGCCUCUCAUCCUCCACCCGACUCCUCCGUCCCGCCCACCGCGCCCCCCCUCCUAGCUUGAAGGAUUUCCUCAAAAUCUCAGAUGAAGUUGCGGAUGCCGUUGCCACGAACAAGCCCGUCGUUGCCCUCGAGUCCACCAUCUACACGCAUGGGGCCCUCGGCAACGACCUCGGCCUGGAGGAGAUUGUCCGCCAGGGCGGUGCCGUCCCCGCCGUCUGCGGCAUCUUGGAUGGUCGCCCCACGGUGGGUUUGACGUCGGACGAGGUCGCCCGCAUGGUCGAGUCUGGUACUGCGAAGAAGGCUUCGAGGCGUGAUAUUGCCUACCUUGCUGGUCUGGGUUUUGUAAACCGCAAGCUCCAUGGAGGCACCACCAUCGCGGGCACGAUGCUUCUCGCUCGUCUCGCCGGCAUCCGCGUCUUCGGCACCGGCGGCUUGGGCGGCGUGCACCGCGACGGCGAAAACUCCAUGGACAUCUCCGCCGACCUGACCGAGCUCGGCCGCACGCGCGUAGCCGUGAUCAGCGCCGGGUGCAAGGGCUUCCUCGACAUCCCCCGCACCCUGGAGUACCUCGAGACCCAGGGCGCCCUCGUCGCCACCUUCGCCGACCAGAGCCAGAACCAGAACCAACCCGGCUCCGGCUCCGGCUCCGGCGCCGCCGCGGUCGAGUUCCCGGCCUUCUGGGCCCGGUACAGCGGCGUCAAGAGCCCCGCCGUGGUCGAGAGCGAGCGCGACGCCGCGGCCAUGAUCCUCGCCCAGGAGACGCUCGGCAUCGAGUCGGGCAUGCUCUUUGCCAACCCCAUCCCGGAGGAGCACGCCAUCCCGCGGGCCGAGAUGGAUGCCAUCAUCGAGACGGCCGUGCGCGAGGCGGCCGAGAAGGGGUUCACCGGCGCGGCGAACACGCCGUACGUCCUGCAGGUCAUCCGCGAUAUGACGGGCGAGCGGAGCACCUUGGCCAACAAGGUCCUGGUGAGGUCGAACGUGGAGCGGGCUACCCGGGUCGCCGUGGAGCUGUCUCGCCUGCUUGCCGGGGAGGAGCCGGCGGGCCCAGCGUCGGCACAACAGCAGCAAGAAGAAGAACAGCCGAAGACUCAUUUCAUUGUCUUUGGGCGCGAAAAGACACCAGUGACACAACCAUCAACAUCACUCUCGGAACCAGCCAAGGCCGAUAUCCUAGUGGCCGGAUCCGUAGCCGUUGACCUGAGCUGUGACUACCACCCUUUGGCCCAUUCCAAGGCCAAGGGCAAAGCGCCUCAGCUCGAGACGUCUAACCCUGCUGCCAUCUCCCAGACGGUUGGUGGAGUGGGACAUAACGUCGCCCUUGCUGCUCACAGGGUCAGCCAGGACAGCCGGGUCCGUCUCUGUUCCUUGAUUGGUGACGAUACUGCAGGGUCAACCGUCGUGAAUUCCCUACAAGCCUCUGGACUUGAUACAACGUACAUCAGGACACUGGGCCAUGACUACCACGCGUCAGCCCGCACGGCGCAAUACGUAGCCAUCAACGACGCCGACAAGAACCUCGUGCUCGCCAUGGCCGACAUGGGCAUCUUCACCAACCACUCCUUCCCCGACUACUGGAAGUCGGCCGUCGCCGGCACGAAGCCCAAGUGGCUCGUCGUCGACGGCAACUGGAACCCGCGCGACAUCCGGGCCUGGGUCUCCGCCGGCCGCGCCCACAACUGCAGCGUCGCCUUCGAACCCGUCUCGACCGCCAAAUCCGUCGGCCUGUUCGCGCGGGAACACCUGGACGGCACCGGCGUGUUCCCGGCCUGCCCUGCGGUCGACCUGGCGUCGCCCAACCACCACGAGCUGGCGGCCAUGUGGGCGGCGGCCAAGGAGAACGGCUUCUUCGACACGCCGCGCUGGUGGGAGGUCGUGGACGCGUUCGGGCUGCUGGGCGCCCGGGACAGGUUCCUGCGGAUCACGGCGUCGGCGGAGAUCACGGAUGCGGGGGUCCCGGUCCAGUGCGUCCAGUUGCUCCCUUACGUCCCGACCAUUGUCGCCAAGCUGGGGUCCAGGGGGUGCCUGCUGACGACGGUCCUGGGGCGCGACGACCCCCGGUUGCGGGACGCGCGGGAGGAGGAGUGGAUUCUGACCCGGUCGCUGAACGAUCAUCCUCAUGUGGGCGGCAUAUACAUGAGGAUGUUCCCGCCGGUGGAGAACGUCGAGGACAUUGUGUCGGUGAAUGGUGUAGGCGACACGUUCCUCGGGGUUCUUGUUGCCGGGCUGGCGAAGGGGGGGAGGGUUGAGAAGCUGAUUGACGUUGCCCAGAAGGGUGCCGUGCUUACGCUCAAGAGUCACGAGUCUGUGAGCCCUGAUCUGGGGAGUUCGGAAAAUGGGGCAAGUUCACAACCAACUUUGAUCGGUCUUCCCACCCAUCAACAAGACUUUGAGGGCUUCUCUGACGAGUCCUCUGUGGAAGAGGAGGUCAAUUCUUCGGAAGACGAGUCAGAACCAGAAAUUCUCACCAACCAUCAACCAAACAAAACCGUCACAGCCAAGGAUGCCGAAGAGGAGGAACUCGAGCGCCUCGUCCUAGGAGAUAGACGCACCUUCCGCGACCAACUAUUCAACCACGAUCCUCUCAGCGACUUGGAACUCCUGGAGAAAAGGCGCCAGCUACAACUUGCCGAACCCGAAGAACCGGGCCUCGAGGACGUGCCCGACACCGACCUCUUCUUUCUCGACACCGCUGCCCCCACCGCCCCCGGCGAACAGGCCGCGCAGGCGAAAGCACAAGACGAGGCGGGCCGAGUCGACGGCGACGCGCCGGCCUGGGAGGACAGCGACGACGAGAGGUUGACCGUGUCGCUGGCCGGCGUGUCGCAGCUGCGGAAACUGCGCAUCGCCGAGAGCGAAGACGUCGUCAGCGGAGCCGAGUACGCGAGGAGGUUACGGAGGCAGUACCUCACCCUCCACCCGUUGCCGGCGUGGGCCAAGGCCGCCGAGGGACGUCCGGCGAAGCGGAGACGGAGGUCGUCAGCCACAGGGUCGGAUGGCUCGGCGAGCUCGGCGGAAGAAGACGAAGGCGAAGACGAAGACGGCGAAGACCUGGACAUGGAAGCGGCGCCCCUGGACCGGUUCAUGCGGGACGUCGCCAAACUAGCAGGCACGGCGGGUGCGGGUGCGGGGCAGAAGAGGAAGCUCCGACCGGAGGUCCUCGACAUCCAGCGCACGCGACCCUUGGCCGACACGCACAAGGCGGCGGUGAACAACCUCUCGUUCCACCCCUCGUACCCCGUGCUGCUCUCGUCGAGCGUGUCGUCGGUGCUGCUCCUGCACCACAUCAACCCGACGGCGCACCCGACGCCGAACCCGCUGCUGACGUCCGUGCAGGCCAAGCUGAUCGACGUCCGGCGCGCCGAGUUCCUGUACCCCGCCGGCGAGCAGGUCUUCUUCGCGGGGCGGCGCCGCUACUUCCACAGCUGGCACCUGCAGUCGGGCGUCGUGGAGAAGACGACGCGCAUCCAGGGCGGCCACCGCGCGGAACACAAGUCGAUGGAGCACUUCCGCCUCAGCCCCUGCGGGCGCUACAUGGGCAUCGUGGCGUCGACGCGGAAGGGCGGCGGUUUGGUCAAUAUCGUCAGCGUGGCGUCGAGGCAGUGGGUUGCCGCUGCGAGGCUGGAUAGUCGGCACGGCGUGGCGGAUUUCGCGUGGUGGAGCACGGGCGAGGGCCUUUCGAUCCUGGGACGGGAUGGGUCGGUGGGCGAGUAUAGUAUGGCGGAGCGCAGGUUCCUGGGCGUCUGGCGUGACGAGGGCUGUGUGGGCGGGAUUGUCAUCGCGCUGGGCGGGCAUCAGGGCCCGGGCGUGCUGGGGGAUGAUCGCUGGGUGGCGGUCGGGUCCAACAGCGGCGUCACCAACAUUUACGACCGGAACGAGCUGUUCGUGGCAGGCAGCGGCAAUAAGAAAGUGGGAGGCAAGGCUGGCGCCGGUGGCGUGGAGGAGGUGACGAUCAAGGCGACCCCGGAGCCGGCACGGCGGUUUGAGCAGCUAGUGACGCCCAUCACUGUCCUCGCUUUCUCCCCCGACGGGCAGCUGAUGGCGUUUGGGAGCCGGGAGAAGAAGGACGCGCUGCGGUUGGUUCACCUGCCUAGCUGCACCGUGUACCGCAAUUGGCCGACGGAGAACACGCCGCUGGGACGCAUCACCAGCGUCGCUUUCGGGAGGGGGAGCGACUUGCUGGCGGUGGGGAACGAUGCGGGCAAGGUGCGGUUGUGGGACAUACGGAGUUGAAAGAGAGAGAAGUCAACUGAAAUUAUACUGUGGUAUUAUUAGGGUGAGGCGGCCAGCGGCCUCGGAGCACCCAGGUAGAAAAGGAUACUGGACGACAAACUACCAAAAUCUUUACAUCACAUCAACUUCAUUUCGGACCCUU